AUGAUCUGGUAUACCAUUGAGGUCUGCCAGGCCACCGAAAUCCGGAAGCUUAAGCCACCUCACAACUGUGAGUGUGACACCGUGAUUGUGAAGUACUCCCUUGCUACUGCUCAGCUAACAAGACCAUGUAUGGUAUUAAGGGAGAUUCAAGUGAAAAAUUGCCAAUUUGAUGUGAUCAAUUCUCUACAAACCCCAAUCUCUCAAUAUGCCUACCUCACUACAACCAUCAAGAUAAAUUAG